UGAGUAUCUCUAAUAAUCACCCUUUUCCCUUUUAUAGUUUACAUUGAAGUUUUCGUUCACGUCUUUGAAAAAGUCACGAAUGAAUAAAAAUGAAAAUCCCUCAAUUCAUGACAUGAUCACAUCACUAAUUGUUUUGAUUGAACUACGUAGCAGGUAAUUUGUCGUUUAUUUACAAAGAAUCAACAUUAUACGUGUAUAGGAAACCACUAAAACAACGAAUAACUUCAGAAACAACGAGUCAAUUGUGUAUUUUUCUUUCAAUUAAGAAUUUAACCUUGCUGGAAUAUUUUUCAUACGACAUAGCUGCGACUAAGCCUUUGGAUGUGCUGUGCUGUUCGUUGUGCUGCGCCAACGAGCUACCAGCACCAGCGAUGAGCAGCCAGAGUCAUAAAAUGGCUGGUCCUCUGUUGUCACCCGUAAAUAAACCAGGAAUCGAAGAAGUAGCGUUGACGGCACGUUUCAGUGAACAAAUGGCACAACUCUGCAUGUCUCACGACUAUUCCGACGUAACAUUCAUUGUAGAAAACGAAAAAUUACCAGCUCAUCGGGUAAUAUUGGCAGCUCGCAGUGAGUACUUCCGAGCCUUACUUUAUGGUGGAUUGUCGGAAACAAACCAAAAUGAAAUUCAUCUGGAGAUACCAUUGAAAGCUUUUAAGGCGUUAUUGAAAUAUAUAUACUCAGGAAAUAUGUCUUUGGCGCAAAUGAAGGAAGAGAAUAUUCUGGAUACUCUUGGCCUGGCAAAUCAAUAUGGAUUUACUGACUUAGAAAUUGCUAUCUCAGAUUACUUGCGUCAAGUCCUGUCCUUGAACAACGUUUGCGCGAUUUUGGAUGCGGCAAAGUUAUUUGGUUUAGAAGGACUCACCAACGUUUGUCAUUCUUUUUUGGAUCGUAACGCGGGAGAAAUUUUACAACAUGAGACGUUUAAAAACCUUUCACAGGACUCUAUCUGCAGUUUGUUGGCACGCAACUCAUUUUUCGCUCCAGAGGUUCAAAUAUUUCAAGCAGUAAAUGACUGGUGCAAAUGUAAUGGAGACGGAGUGAAUGCUGAAGAAGUUGUUUCAAAGGUGCGAUUCUCGCUUAUGUCGUUGGAGCAAUUACUACAUGUCGUACGACCGUCAGGUAUAUUGAAUCCGGAUCUUUUGUUAGAUGCGAUAGCUGAGAAAACAGCAACGAGCCAAUUACCGUAUCGAGGUGCCUUAUGGCCAGAGGAAAAUGUCGCUUGUAAGGAGUUCAAUUCACGCACUAUACAAGGCGAGUAUAGACCUGCAUUAUUAGACGGGGAUACUAACUCGUACGAUAUGGAUAAAGGAUAUACGCGGCAUUCAAUAAGUGAUACGCCUACCGCACAAGGAAUUAUUGUCGAACUGGGCAAAAUGUUCAUCAUCAAUCACAUAAAGAUACUGCUUUGGGAUCGAGACUCUCGAUCAUAUUCGUACUAUGUGGAUGUGUCCGUUGAUCAAGCCAACUGGGAUCGCGUAGUAGAUCAUGCAGAUUAUUACUGUCGAUCAUGGCAGUAUCUGUAUUUUCCAUCGCGUGCGGUGCGCUAUAUCAGAUUGAUUGGAACACACAACACUGUCAACAAGAUAUUCCAUGUGGUAGCUCUUGAGGCAAUGUUCACUGAAAAGACUACUCCAGUAAUAAAUGGAAUUUUAGCACCUAACUUCAACGUGGCUACAGUAGAACGGAGUGCAACCGUGGUAGAAGGUGUAAGCCGCACCCGAAAUGUGUUAUUGAACGGCGAUGUCAAAAACUAUGACUGGGAUUCCGGAUAUACUUGUCAUCAGCUUGGUAGCGGUGUAAUUCUGGUACAGCUUGGACAGCCUUAUUGGGUUGCUUCUUUGCGCUUACUGCUGUGGGAUUGUGAUGAUCGGUCAUACAGUUUUUAUAUUGAAACGUCUACUAAUUUGAAACAAUGGGACAUGGUCGUAGAUAAACGUAAUGAACUGCUCAAAUCUUGGCAGCACUUUACAUUUGACCCCAGGAUUGUGGUGUAUAUUAAAAUAGUUGGAACUCACAACACGGCAAAUGAGAUUUUCCACUGCGUUCAUUUCGAGUGUCCUUCACAAGAUCCUAAAUAUGUCAAGGAUGAAGUACGCGAUGGGAUGUUGCUUAUGGGUCUAACGGGAAACUCUCUGCAAUCGCCAUCAAAUAGCGGGUUAACAUUAUCAGCAUCCGUUAACUUGAACUCCGAUUCUUUAGAUCCGCAACCUUGUACAAGCCGAGAAAGCACAGUUUGUACUCGAGAAUUGGUAGACUAGAGGAACCUGUUUUACCUCCUUAUAAGCAAUUGCACUACGUAUAUUGACAAUGGAGAUCACAAAAAAUAUUCAUUUUCGCUGACUAAUACGUUCGGUUGCAUAUAAAACAACUUAUUUAUUUAUAAAAAAUAUCGAUUUUCAAAUCUGUAAUAAUCUAGAGACUUAUAAAUAGAAUAACAAUAUAAAUAAUGGGUAUUCAUUAACUCGAUUCUAAUAUACCGGAAUUCGGGACUACGAA